AUGCGGGUUGCUGCUGUUUGCCUUGCUGUCUAUGCACUGCUGGUGCUGUGUUCAGCUAGGUGUGCUGUUGUAUACUGCUGGGUAAUGCUGGUUAUUUGCUGUUACUGCUGCACUGCUGUUUGUGCUACUGCACUGCUGUUGUGUUGCUGUUUUUGUUGCUUCUCUUUGUUGCUGAUGUUUGAUGCUGGUUACUGCUGCUGCACUGCUGUACUGCUAUCUGCUGCUGCUGUGCUGUUGUUAUGCUGCUGCUGCACUCUUGUACUGCUGUCUGUUGCUGCUGUACUGAUGUUAUGCUGCUUCUGCACUGUUCUUUGCCUUGUUGUGCUUGCUGCUGAUGCUGCUGUGCACUGCUCUGCUUGCUGUCUGCUGAGCUGCUGCUUGCUGGCUCUGCUUGCUGUUGCUGCUGAGCUGCUGUUUCUGCUGGUCUUUGCACUGCUGUCUACUGUCUUUUGCUCUGUGCCCUGUCGUCCGUUGUUGGUGCAAGCUUUGUUGCUCAUUUUGUUGCCUAUUUUUGUUUUUAUUGGUUUUAUGGUCAGUUUGCAGGCUUGUCUGCUCCCGAUUGUUGUUUUUGGUGACUUUUGGGUGUUUGGCUUUGUUGUUUUUCUGGUUUUUUUUUGUUGUCUGGUCCUGGUUUCCGGAACCCUUCCUAGAAGGUGGCCGGAAAUCUGA